AUGUACUGGUUCACGGCCAAAUCCGUCGUUGUCUCCGGCCCACGGUGGCGGUCUAUUGGUCUUCUCAUUCGUUCCCCUCUUCCCCGACGUUCUUUCACCUGUCGUCCGUUAUCAUCAAGCACCAGGCAGCCUAAGCAGAUCUAUUGCUUCAAAGAUAGAAAGACUUUGACAACAAACACCAAAGCAACCAAAAGAUUGAAGGAAUCAAAGAAUAUCAACAAGGAGAAAGAUUAUCCUCAUGUUUUGUGGUGGAAGGAGAAAAUGCAGAUGUGUAGAAAGACAUCUUCUAUGCAAUUGAUAAAGAGACUCACUUACUCUAAUCUACUCGGUCUGGAUGACAACUUAAGGAAUGGGAGUAUAAAAGAUGGAACACUGAAUUGGGAGAUACUAAAGUUCAAGUCAAGGUUUCCUCGGGAAGUUUUGCUAUGUAGGGUCGGGGAAUUUUAUGAAGCCCUAGGAUUUGAUGCUUGUAUUCUUGUGGAAUAUGCUGGUUUGAAUCCUUUUGGUGGUCUUCGUUCAGAUAGUGUUCCAAAAGCUGGAUGUCCUGUUGUGAAUCUCCGUCAAACUUUGGAUGAUCUGACACGUAAUGGAUUUUCAGUAUGCAUUGUGGAGGAAAUUCAGGGUCCUAUCCAAGCUCGUUCCCGUAAAAGUCGUUUUAUAUCUGGGCACGCACAUCCUGGAAGUCCUUAUGUUUUCGGACUUGUUGAAGACGAUCAUGAUUUUGAGUUUCCAGAACCAAUGCCAGUUAUUGGAGUCUCUCGCUCUGCAAGUGGGUAUUGCAUUGUCUCCGUGCUGGAGACUAUGAAAACGUACUCUUCGGAGGAUGGUCUAACUGAAGAGGCUGUAGUUACAAAACUUCGUACUUGUCAUUACCAUCAUUUAUUUCUCCAUAAAUCAUUGAAGAACAAUUCCUCAGGGACAACUCGCUGGGCAGAGUUUGGUGAAGGUGGGUUAUUGUGGGGAGAGUGUAAUGGCAGACACUUUGAAUGGAUUGAAGGGAAUAUCAUCAACGAGAUGCUAUUUAAGGUAAAAGAGCUUUAUGGUCUUGAUGAUGAAGUCACAUUUAGGAACGUAACCAUUGCUUCAGAAAAAAAACCUCAUCCCUUGCACCUUGGAACAGCCUCACAAAUUGGUGCCAUACCAACUGAAGGAGUACCUUUUUUAUUAAAGAUUUUGGUCCCCUCCAAUUGCACUGGAUUGCCUGCUAUCUAUAUCAGAGAUCUACUUCUGAACCCUCCUGCUUAUGCAACUGCAUCUACCAUUCAAGCAAUAUGCAAGUUAAUGAGCAAUAUAUCAUGCUCAAUUCCUGAGUUUACUUGCAUCUCACCAUCAAAGCUAGUGAAACUACUUGAGUUAAGAGAGGCAAAUCAUGUUGAGUUUUGCAAGAUCAAAAGCGUGCUUGAUGAAAUCUUGCAGCUCCAUAAAAACUCUGAGCUCAAUGAGAUAUUGAGAUUAUUAGUAGAUCCUACUUGGGUGGCAACCGGGUUAAAAUUUGACAUUGAGAUACUGGUGAAUGAAUGUGAAUCCAUCUCUCAUACAAUUGGUGAACUUAUCUCUUUAGAUGGUGAAAGUGAUCAGAAAUUGAGCUCGUAUGUGAAUAUACCAAAUGAUUUUUUUGAGGAGAUGGAGUCUUCUUGGAAGAGUCGUGUGAAGAAGAUCCAUCUAAAAGAAGCUUACGAAGAGGUGGAUAAGGCGGCUGAAGCCUUAUCCUUAGCGGUUACAGAAGAUUUACUUCCUAUAAUUUUCAGAAUAAAAGCUACCACGGCACCAUUUGGAGGACCAAAGGGAGAAAUCUUGUAUGCACGGGAACACAGAGCUAUUUGGUUCAAGGGAAAACGUUUUACACCAUCUGUAUGGGCUGGUACACCUGGAGAAGAACAAAUUAAACAACUCAGGCCCUCUAUAGAUUCAAAGGGUAGAAAGGUUGGUGAGGAGUGGUUUACCACAGUGAAGGUGGAGGAUGCGCUCACAAGGUACCAUGAUGCUGGUGCGAAGGCAAAGUCGAUGGUCUUAGAGUUGUUGAGGGGAUUAUCUGCUGAGUUGCAAGCUAAAAUCAAUGUUCUCGUCUUUGCCUCCAUGUUGCUUGUCAUUGCAAAGGCAUUAUUUGCACAUGUGAGUGAGGGCAGAAGAAGGAAAUGGGUGUUCCCCACUCUCAUUCAGUCUUCCGAGGAAACAGAACAAACAUAUGGAAAUCGUGAGAUGAAGAUUACUGGUCUAUCACCAUAUUGGUUUGAUGCAGCCGAAGGCAGUGCUGUGCUGAACACAGUUGAUAUGAAAUCAAUGUUUCUUUUGACCGGACCAAAUGGGGGUGGUAAAUCAAGUUUGCUUCGCUCUAUUUGUGCAGCUGCACUACUUGGAGUAUGUGGAUUUAUGGUACCUGCUGAGUCAGCAUCAAUUCCUCAUUUUGACUCUAUUAUGCUACACGUAAAAUCUUAUGACAGCCCUGCAGAUGGGAAAAGUUCGUUUCAGAUUGAAAUGUCAGAGAUGCGUUCUAUAAUUACUAGAGCCACUUCGAAAAGCCUAGUCCUUGUGGAUGAAAUAUGCAGAGGCACAGAAACAGCAAAGGGGACAUGCAUUGCUGGUAGCAUUAUUGAAACUCUUGAUUCAAUUGGUUGUUUGGGUAUUGUAUCAACACACUUGCAUGAUAUCUUCAAUCUACCACUGACUACCAAGAAUACUGUUUAUAAAGCAAUGGGAAGCAACUAUCUGAAUGGUAAAACUAAACCAACAUGGAAAUUGAUAGAUGGAAUAUGCAAGGAGAGUCUUGCUUUUGAAACAGCUCAGAAGGAAGGGGUUCCUGAGGCAAUAAUACAAAGAGCUGAAGAGCUGUACAAUUCGGUGUACACAAAGGACUUGAAUUCGGGUAGUGGCAACACAAAAGUUCAACCGUUUCCUUGCAAGGAAUCUCAUAAAUCCUGCAAUCAACAUAAAGGUAUUCAAGAAGGGCCUAUUUCUUGUGUCGAUAAAUCAACAAACCAAAUGGAGAAAUUUGGGGAGGAUGUAGAAAAUGCUGUGUGCAUAGUAUGUAAUAGAAAGCUGAUUGAGCUCUGCAAGACUAAAACUACACCAGAAAUUGCAGUUAGAUGUGUUGUAAUUGCUCCCCGGGAACAACCCCCUCCAUCAACCAUUGGUGCUUCUAGUGUCUAUGUGAUCCUGAGACCCGACAAAAAGCUUUAUGUUGGAGAGACGGAUGAUCUCCAGGGUCGGGUUCGUGCACAUCGAUCAAAGCCGGGGAUGCAGAAUGCUUCAUUCCUGUAUUUCUUAGUUCCUGGGAAGAGCAUGGCAUGCCAACUGGAAACUCUGCUGAUUAACCAGCUCCCAAAUCAUGGUUUCAGACUUGCAAAUAUAGCCGAUGGUCAGCAUCGGAAUUUUGGUACUUAUGAUCUCUCUUUGGAAAGUUUAAGCCCACAAUCACAUAGAUAACUAAUCAAAUCCCAUCUGGAGUAUGUUGUAGUUUCAGACACUUGUUUUUAGGGUGCAACAGUUUUGGGUCAGAUAUGUGUUGCUCCUCCAGUUCAGAAAGGAUGAAUAUUUGUGGUCUUAUUAUUGUUAACCCGGUGAGUACUC